AUGGCGGAAGAGCACACACCUACUACAGAUGAACCCAUCACAACAGAUGACAACGAAAUAAUGAAUGACAGCAACGACGACAUGGAGCAAGAGUAUCAAGUUGAAAUCAGUGAAGCUCAGGUUGCUGAACAUCAAUCUGUUCCAGGCUUCUGUUACCGUGCUCUUUCUAUGUUUGCAGCUCCAUUGCUCGAUGAAUCUGGAGGUAUCAUGGCUGUCCUUGCAGGACUGUUCUCUCUAUUUCUUGUGGGGACAACCAUUGGUCUGAUCAUGCCCAAGAAUCAAGACUUAUCCACGGAAUGGUAUAGAACCACGAGUGCCUGUAUCGGCUGGAUUUAUUUCAUGUGUUGGAGUGUAUCCUUUUACCCACAAGUUAUCAGCAACUUCAAACGGGGAACGACACAAGGGUUGAGUGCAGAAUUCUGUGGGCUCAAUGUGCUCGGAUUUGCAUGCUAUUCAAUCUACAAUGGGGCCUUCUUUUGGAACAAAACGAUACAUGAGUUAUAUAGGGAGAGACAUGGAGCUGAUGCAGAGAUUAGUGUUCAAAGCAACGAUGUGGCCUUUGCAUUUCAUGCACUCCUGCUUUCAGCGGCUACCUUGUUUCAGAUUGGUUACUACGACGGGGUUCGUGCCAUGAUGCCCUCCAAGACUAUCCUUGGUAUUCUGAUUGCUCUUCUGUGUGUCUGUACAUUCUAUCCAUGGCUCGUAGUCUUCAAUAUUGGUGAUCACUACAACUGGUUGGAUUACCUCUAUCUCUUGAGUACAGUGAAGAUUAUGAUCUCAUUGAUCAAGUACAUACCCCAGGUAAUUUUAAAUUACCAACGCAAGUCCACUGCUGGCUGGAGUAUUUGGAACAUCAUUUUGGAUUUCACUGGUGGUCUCUUGAGUGAUUUGCAGUUGAUUUUCGAUUGCAAGGAUCUGCAUGACUUCUCUGCCAUUACAGGCAACUUUGCAAAGUUUGGACUCGGGUCAGUCUCGAUAUUUUUCGAUAUUAUUUUCAUGCUGCAACACUAUGUCCUUUACAGGCAAACCAGCGAAGCUGUGGAUGAGCGACAACCGCUGCUCUCGGACGAAGAAAGGAAUGACGCAUAG